AUGUUCAACAAGAAGAAGGACACUACUGCUCCAGGCCGCGCUGGCCGCGCGCCGUCCCCCGCUCCGCAGGUCAUGAUCAACCGUCGCCGUAGUGCCGGCAGUGUUGGCGCUCUCGGUGGCGCGCUCAACAACAACACGAACAUUGAGACGGCCGGGCCCGCCAACGCCGGUGGUGCCGGCGCGCAGAACAUUACUGGUCGUCUCGAAGCCAACCCCACGGAAGACGAUAACGGUGGCGGCACGGGUGACAACCAGCAGCACCCUCAGCGUCGCAGCCUCAGCGACUGGGUCCAGCGUAACAUCCUUUGCGUUCGUUCACCCGAGGACCCCAACAACGCCUCCUCUGUUCCUACGACGACGCACAACACUCUGCCUCCCCAGCCUGACGCCGCCGCCGCCGCCGCCGCCGUCGCGUCGCGUGACCCGGCUGCCAUGUCGCGCCGCCCCCACCCCGUCAUCAUCCCGUCCCGCGACGUCCCACGCACCAUCCUCGACUCGCCCUCGCCGCCUGCCACUGGUUUCAUUCACACCCCUGCUGGCGUCUCGAUUAUCCGCCAGGGCGACUUUGGCUCGGAGCUCGGCCACCCGAUCGUGGCUGGCUACUUUUCUGACGGCCUGCGCACCCCUAGGCACGCGACCCCCGAGACCUCGCACGACGGCGAGGAACAGCCACACAGCCACUCGGACGACUUUCGUCUCUCGCCCGAACCCCGCGAACCCGAGUCCGAGUCCGAUGAGGACAACAAUGAGCGUGGCAGGGGGAGGUUCAAGUUUGGCCGCGUGUUCCACCGCCCAGCCGCCUCGAACAACCCCACUCCUGCUCACUCUCUGAGCGGUAGCAGCAGGGUCGGCAGCAUCCGCAACGCUAUGAAGAGCCUGACUGGCCUCACUCGUCGCGCGCCCGUUCCCACCUCGCACAACCCCGUCACUCGCUCUCGCCGCCACGCGGCCACCCGUGACGCACUCGAGCGCCAGCGCGGCCCUGGCCCACGCCGCACCCAGCAGACCAUUCCCACCCCGGCCCCGGCCCCUAUCCCCAUUGUCAGCGACCGCCGCAACGCUCUCGAGGUCGGCCGCGACGGCCCGAGUGACCUGCCCGAGUUCCAUGGUCGCCAGCGCUCGGCGACCGAGCCUACGCCAUUCGCUGGCCCCAUUCGCUCACAGCCCGUUGGUGCUCCCUUCGGUGCUUCUGGCGCGUCAUACCGGCCCCGUCCCUUCGGCACCCCGUACGUGGCGGGGAGCGCCAUCACCAUCAGCACUCGCUCGUCCGGCACCUCGGCCACCUCCGUCCAAACCCAGCCCCCAGUCAUCUUUCCCUUCCAGGGUGCCACUUGGACUCCUCCUCGUCCGCCUACGCCGAACCCAGCUCCUGCCGGCCCCGACGUUGCUGGCGUCGCGACCGAGGCGGCUACCACUGCCUUGCGCACCAUUGCGAUUGACAGCCCCCGCAAGGUAUUCCAGGUAACUGUUUCUAUCCCAGUUGUCCGCCACGGUGUGGUCUUCGCGCGCUGGGGCAUCCGCGGCAUCUCGUUCAGCUUCCACUGGCUCCGCAAGCGUAUCUCGCCAUCGUCGACUCCUCAGCAACAGCAAGGCUCUCCCGAGCUCCAUGUCCCAGCCACUAUGCAAGCACCUUUGGUGGCUCGUGGCGACGUCGGGUCCGCCGCUGGAGCGUCUAGCGGCGACCGUGCCACGAUCAAGGACGACGACGAGGGCAAGGGCGGCAAUGGUAACGCGGGCGACAAGAACGCCGGCGGCAACAAGGGCAAGGACAACGUCGGACACGGCAUCGGCGGCAACGGCGGCAAGAGCGGCGACAACCAGGGCGACGGCGGUAAGGGCGGCGGUGGCAAGGACAACCGUGGCAAGGGCAACGGGGAGAAGAAGGAGGAGGACUUGGAGGAGGAGGAGGAGGAUGAGGACGACGGUGACGACAAGGACGAGGAGCUCAGCGACGGCGACGAUGACGAGUGGACCGACAUCAACACGGACACGGAGGCGGACUGGUCGGACUGCGGCGAGCCGGUCAACAGCUUCCUCGACUCGUCCUCGGACGAAGAGGCCCCCCUCCUUCCCCGUGGUCGUGGCGAUGGCCGUCGUGGUGGCCGUCGCUAA